AUCGUCGAUCGGCAGCGUAGCAUGCAAGCACGAGGCCGGCGAGGAGGCUGGGAAGCGGGAAAGUCUAAAUCCCAAGGCUCGAGUCGUCAGGUUCCUGCCCGCCUCCGCCUUUGUCUCCGCCUCAUCUCAUCUCCCUCUCCGCAUUCUCCCCCCUCCACCACUCAGGCGCAUUGCCAACACCUAUCCCCCAACACCCCGCGCAUCCCUCUACACCACACAAUCCGCGUCGCAAACAUGGUCGCCACCCGCAACCACCCCGUCGACUUCGACGAGAAUGCCACCGCCUCCCCAGCGCCCACGACCACCAGCUCCCCGCGCAAACGAGCAACGCGCACCUCCAACCACACCGCAGCCUCCACCUCCCCUCCCCCGUCCCCGACAAAAACCCGCCAAGUCACCACCACCUCCACGAGGAGCAGCGCCACCUGGGCCCACACCCCCUCCAACCUCACCCUCAUCUGGCUCGCCAUCAGCCUCCCCCUCGUCAUCUGGGACACAGGCUACGUCCUGCUGCGCCCCUACAGCAUGCCCGGCGGCUUCCUGCACAAACCCCUCUGGACACCGUACGACCUGUACGGGCGCGUAGACCACGUGUAUGGCUUCAAAGCGUUCGAGGCGCGCUCCGGCUGGACGGCCGCGCAGGGCACCGUCAACGCGCUCGAGACGGCGGUGUACCUCGUCUAUCUGUACGUCGUGUUUGCGUAUGGGAAGGCGGAGCGGAAGCAGGGGAGUGGGGCGCCGGCCAAGGGGGCGUUGAGUGAGGUUGGUUUGGGGGCGCUGGCGGAGAGGAGGACUCUUUAUGGGCGGUUGGCGGCUUGGGCUGUGCUGGUGGGCUUCUCGACGGCGUCGUUGACGUUUUGGAAGACGGUGUUGUAUUGGUUGAAUGAGGCCUUUUCUGGGUUUGACAACAUCGGGCACAACAGCCCUGCGGCUUUGCUCUUCUUGUGGAUCAUUCCCAACGGCGCAUGGCUUGUCUUCCCCCUGUACAUGAUGUACGUCUAUGGCAAGGAGAUUAUCGACGGCCUCGAGACUGCCACGGCGCGGAAAACGAGGUGAUCUAGACGCAAUAUCCUCUCCGUUUGAUUCGCGCAAUCUUAAUUCCAAUUCCAAUCACUUGAAUCGUGUCCCAGUCCACAAGAUUCUCAACUCAAUACAAUGGCUGCCAAACGUGCUGACCCUCCUCCGCCCUGGCCAAGCUCACUGCUGAGUACGGAGCUCACCACUUCCUCUGGCACUGAGCUCGCUGCCGAGAAGAAUCUCACCGCCGUCAGAAAGGGAGCCCGCCGUCGUCCGAUGUACAGUCGUGUGCAAGCUAGCCAUCGGAUAGGUAUUUUGCGGUAUACCACUCAUUCUUCGAU